UCGAACUUGUACGUAAUUCGUGCAUGUUAGCGCUGUGUUUACAACACAAAGUUUGAGGCUAAAUCCACGUGAAUCGAAAUUAUUCAAAAUGAGUUCAGAUUUCAAUGUUAAAAGGCCAGGCCUAGAACUAUUAUCAAGUCAAGGACUACGUCUCGACGGCCGUAGACCUAAUGAACUUCGUCGUAUUCAAUGCAAACUUGGUGUUUUUACACAGCCUGAUGGUAGUGCGUAUAUUGAGCAAGGAAAUACAAAAGUUUUAGCUGCAGUUUAUGGACCUCAUCAGGCUGCAAAAUCAAAAUCUUUACAAGACUCUGUCGUCAUAAACUGUCAUUACAGCAUGGCAACAUUCUCUACAGGCGAAAGAAAGAAGCGACCGCGUGGAGGUCGCAAGUCGGAGGCGAUAUCUAUGCAGCUAACUCAGGCGAUCACAACUGCUAUCAAGAAAGAGCUGUACCCUCGCUCGCAGAUCGACGUAUACCUUGAAGUAUUGCAGGCAGAUGGAGGUGCAUACUCAGCGAGUGUGAACGCAGCGACGCUCGCGUUGAUCGACGCUGGUAUACCAAUGAAGGCUUACCUCUGUAGUUGCACAGCUUCCAUAGCGUGGAAGGACGGCAAGCCAGAGCCUUUGGUUGAUGUCAGUCAUGUUGAGGAGUCCGCUGGAGGUUCUGUACUGACAGUGUCCAGUUUGCCCAGUAUAAAUAGUGUAGCAUGGGUAGACAUGUCUCAGAGACUCCACGCGGAUUAUUUGAGUGUCGUCAUGAAGCGGGCCAUGCAGGGAUGUAGAGAUAUUGAGGUAAUUUUGGACAAGGCAGUGAGAGAGCAUUUAGGCGAAAGUUGGACCAUGUCAGAUGAUGCAGUUGCGAUAUAAAAUAAAUGUUAUUUAUUUAUAAAUUCAAGUUUUUUAAUUGUAUUGUAUUGUGAUACACACAACUCCCAUCUUUGUCAAAAAAGGGUAGGUAGGAACACUAUGAAAUGCGCUAAAAGUUUUAUAAAGAAAACAAGCAAAUUAGACUUACAUAUUUAUUAGAGAUCUGAACAAAAUAAGAAAUUAAAUUAUAUGUACAGUCUAUGUUAAAACUAACUAAAUUAGAGGUAAGUUAAUAGGUACACACUUUUUCCAUUACUUUGCUUAUUGUAUGGUGAACAAAAAAAUCUUAUUUAUCGAAACGUUCUAUGGCAAACGAAAAA